UUUGUUCUCCUCGUUAAUGCAGAGGAAUCCAACGCUCGCAAUCGUCGCCUGGAGAGAGAGACACACAUUGAGAGAGACGGAUGGCGUGGUCGAAUCGCUAUUGCUGUUCUUCUUCCCGUUCCCUUCACAGUGAGAUCAGGAGCAGAGAGAUCAAUGGAUUCAGAGUGCGGAAGAGGCCGUAUGUGCAGGGGGGAGAAUCGGAUUCUGGUGGCAGAGGUGCAGGGAUAUUGGCGAUCGACCACGACGAUGCGCCCAGUCCGCCCCUUGCCCUUUCCUUUGGCAAGACUCUGAGAAGUGGGCACCUCCUUGCUGUGGCUGAUGAAGAUGGAUUCAUCGCUUUGUAUGAUACUCGGCGUCCGCUUCCUUCAUCCCGAUUUCCCAUUGAACAACCAGUUGAAGCAAAGGUGUCCGAGUGGUCGGCUCAUUCUAAUGCUGUUUUCAAUACUUGCUGGGCAAAGGAGGAUUCUGUGCUCAUGACAGCUUCAGGAGAUCAAACGAUAAGGGCAUGGAAUGUGGAGACAACGCAACUUCUUGAUGUAAUGUGGGGCCAUUCGGGCAGUAUAAAGACGCUGUGCUCGCACCCACUGAAUCCUGAUCUUCUGGUAUCUGGUUCAAGGGAUGGAUGCGUUGCGCUUUGGGACAGACGUUGUAACUCAAUUUCGAGAAAAGUCCUCGGCAAACCCUGUUUGAUGCCAAUUGCCGUGAUCCACAAUGCGCAUCCUCCUAAAGACUACCAUACAAGGCCAACUGUCAUGUUCAAUAAUCCAAAUACUUGCACCAAAAGAAAAUCUAGCAAGCAAGCCAAGACAGCAUCCAAAAGCAUAACGUCGGUUCUUUAUCUUAAAGAUGGAUUAUCAAUCGCUAGCGGAGGGGCUGUUGACAGUGUCAUAAAAUUCUGGGAUUCUCGUAAUCUGAAGACCAACACAGCUCAAGCUCAACCCCAUAUCGAGACAUAUAGCGUAAAGAAGAAAGGAGCGCAUGGAGUUACGUGCUUGUCUCAAGUCCUAGAUGGCAGCUCUCUUGCGGCUUCCUGCAUGGAUAGUAGGAUUUACUUGUACAAUGUGCUUCAACCAGAUAAAGGACCAGUAAAAACUUUUUCAGGCCACCUGAUAGAGUCGUUCUAUGUAAAGUCUGCUAUAAGUCAUGACGGUGCUCACUUGCUCAGCGGUUCCACAGAUGGUCAUGCCUAUGUGUGGCAGGUGGAUGAGCCUGAGGCUGCACCUGUGAUGCUGGAAGGCCACGAAGCAGAAGUCACGGCCGUAGAUUGGUGUCCCUCGGAGAUUGGGAAAAUUGCUACUGCUGCUGAUGAUUACACGGUUCGAAUCUGGAGGAGUAAGACUGGCAGUUAUUUGAAUCAUAAAUCGGCUUCUGUCACUCGAACAGAAGCUACAUGUUCUAGCCUUGAAUAUGGACAACUGUGUGGUGAUGUCCCCUCAACUGAGCAAACAGAAUCACCGCAAACUUCACCUGCCCAUUGCUCUCCACCUGACUCUACCAACCUUCAGGCGUUGACUCCGGAAGCAACAGUAAAGAUGAGCUCUUUUCAAUCUUUUAUGGAAGAGGCACGGUUGCAGAAGACCUCAGAAGACAAUAUGACGAGCCCGUCCUCUGUUUUGAACCCACCUUCCUCCUUGAAAAGGAGGAGGACCAUUCGAGAUUAUUUUGUUGCCGCUUCCUGAAAAUUGGGCCAUUCAUCCAGUUUCAGAGGAAAGUGGCUCACCUAAAGCGUUCUUUUAAAGGAUACAACUUGACAAUUUUUCUAUUCAGUCUUCACCAGUAAAAGGUGACGGAUGUUCCAACCAGAGAAUAAGCUCCUUGGUGCCAGAGGGUGAAAAAGUGUUCACCUUUGCUGCCGCAAGCAUUCCUUUACAGACUACAACUCGACAAUUUUCUGCUCAGUCUUCACGAGGAAAAGGUGAUGGAUGUUCCAAGUGGAGGAUAACCUCCUUGGUGCCAGAGGGUGAAGAAAAAGGUAUAUGCGCAUACAAGCGCAAAAUUCUCACGUGCUGUGGCUGUAGAUGCAGGAAGGCUUCUGCGCUUGCGAGGUUUACAGCAUGUCAAAUACUGAGGGAGAUAUUGAACAAGAGUAGAGUACUCUUGCGAUAUCCCCUUUUCUAUAGCAUAUUCAUUUUUCUCCUUUCUAAUUUGUGCUUGGGGAGGAUUUCACCACUUCCAAGGCCCGAACCGAAGCUCAAACUAUCACAAUGCUCUAAGAGAGCAUGAGCUCUCUCUUUCAUACACGCGUACAUACUAUAACUGUUGAGAGUAAAUUUAUACCAGUAAAUAUUUUAUAAACAACUAUUUGUUUACCGGAGUCUCUUGGAAAGCACGUCUUUAUAGUUCACCUUAGUGGUUGAUGGCCUUCUCUGUUGGCCGUACUUUCUGUAUCCACCUGGAGAAGCUUUUCUUGAUACUGAUUUCUGGCUUUGUGACCA